AUUUAUUAUCUCUAAGGUACUUACAAUCUCCCCUCUGUCACGCUUGGUUCUUUCUCAGUUCCUCAAUAUUCCAUUUGGCUAAGUGAUACACAAGUAGUUUCUAUGGAGCCAUUUGCAGAUGUGAGUUGCAUUUUGAAAGUGGAUGUCCAUUGCGAUGCUUGUAAAAUGAACAUGGUGCAAAUUUUAAGCUCCGUAUGCGGAGUGUAUUCAUUGACAAUAGAUGCAAAAGCAGGAGAAGUAAGAGUAUGCGGGGAAGUGGAUCCAAACAUACUUGUGAAAGCACUAACUAGGACAGGAAAACAUGCAGAGGUUGUAUAUGUAAAGCUGAAACAUCCUAGUCUUACUCCUAGAAAUCAUUAUUAUGCCAAUGACAAUCGCUAUUAUCGUCCUCCUUAUGGCGGCCAUGGCCAUAACUAUGGUGCAUUAGAUCACUAUGACUACUACAACACAAUGGCAAUGAGAAGACCCAUGGUGGAGCAACCUUACUACUACGGCGGCGGCCGUUCUUCCCCCUAUCCUCCACCUAGGUAUCACCCAUUUUAUUACUAAUUAUUAUGUGGAAUAUGCUGGAAAGGGACGAUGACUAUUGGAAGAAUAUUUUUAACUGUUAAAUUCAUCAAUGUGCUAGCUAUUUAGUUUUGAAUUGCUGUACUGCUAUGCUUUUACUUUAACUUCUAAAUUGAUUGGUGGCUAUGCAUU